AUGACAAAUCAAAGGAAAAAAACUAAUCGCAAAUAUCAAUUUGAUCCUCUUUCCUAUUCAUCAUUAUAUUUUUUCGUUUCAGACAGCGUUAGAGCACAUAUAAAGAAAGAACGGGACAAGCAAUUCAAAGAAACUGAGUGGAAACGUUCAGCAAGGCGUGAGCUCUUCAAUUUAUUAUCGGAAAUACAAAAAAAUUUUAUACCACCCCAAACUUCCAAUGAAAAUGACCUCAGAGCUUUAUCUCUAAACAAACAAAUAGCUAUAAAAACUGAAAUAAAAUCUACACUAGAAUCUCUCCAAUCCCUGAUCGAUUUUGGUGUUUAUAAAUUAUCUAAGAAGGAUGAACUAUAUAAAGAGAAUGUAAACUCGAUUUUAAAGGAGGAAACAGAAGAUAGAAAAAGGUUAGAGGAGCUCAGGAAAGUGCGAAAAGCAAAAUUUUUGGAAAGAAUUUCUAAGGAGUCAAAACUCGUUUUAGAAUCCAGAGAAAACCAGAGAUUGGAAGCUGAACUUGAAAGGAAAAGGUUAAACGAUGAGGAAUCUAAGGAAGAAUCACGUUUUUACUUCCCUAGUGAUAGGAAAUUAGUUGAUUGUGGAUUAAUUCCUCCAACAUCUAGGUUCACAACAACUUAA